AGAUCAAGCAGAACGAUCAUUCAUGAACUUCUCCACACUUUGGGCGUGUAUCACGAACACGAGAGGGCGGAUCGAGAUGAAUAUGUUACUAUUAAUCGUGAAAAUAUUACGCCCGGUUCGUAAUACUUACUGAUAACAAUACAUUUUUUAUGUUUUCUAUAAAAACAUUAAACUUCGAGGGGUCUGUUUUUCAUUCAAAGUUGAUGACAUCGUGCACAAGAAACAUAUUUUUUACUCCACUAAAUCAGAACAGUCACUAUUGAUACACUUGUUUUUUUUAUCUUAUAUCUUAUUUAUUUCCAACUUUUAUAUUUUAUUAUUAUUGUUAUUUUUUUUUUCAGGAGCUGAACAUAACUUUGUUAUCAAGAGAAGAACAAAUAGUUUGGGAUCCGAGUAUGAUCCGAAAUCAAUUAUGCAUUAUUCUUCGUACGUGUUUAACUUUUCUCUUUGCUUUUUAAUUCUAAAUAUUAGUUUCGACAAACACGCUGCACACAAGAUAUGACACAGCAACAUUUCUUUCAUACAAUUUCUUUACUUUUUAACAGUUACGACUUCUCCAAAAGCGCAUUUUUGAAGACGAUAGUCUGGAAAAAAGAUCCUAACUUGUUUUUGGGAGGAGCAAUUUUAUCUCCAUCAGAUAUCAAACAGUUAAAUCUUUUCUACGAAUGCAAUGCGGAUUCAAAAACCACAACAUCAACGACUUCUACACCAACGCCGUCAACAUCAACAACGUCAACAUCAACGACGUCUACAUCAACACCAUCAACAUCAACGACGUCUACUUCAACGACAUCUACAUCAACGCCAUCAACAUCAACGACGUCAACAUCAACGACGUCUACAUCAACACCAUCAACAUCAACGACGUCUACUUCAACGACAUCUACAUCAACGCCAUCAACAUCAACGACGUCAACAUCAACGACGUCUACAUCAACACCGUCAACAUCAACGACGUCUACUUUAACGACGUCUACUUUAACGACGUCUACAUCGACGACGUCUACAUCAACGCCGUCAACAUCAACGACAUCAACAUCAACGAAAUCAACAUCAACGAUGUCAACCACAACAUCCAAACCACAAAAAGGUACUUUAGCAUUUUUUAGUUCUUUAUCCUUUAUUUAUUUAACUUUUUAAUAUACUUAACUUUCUGAUGACAUUUAGCAUGUGGGGACUACAUUGUACGAUGUAUCGGCGUCGCGUUCAAUCCGACAAGCCAAUGUCGUUAUUUCUCAACGGAUUGUCCUCGUACUUGCGGUCGGUGCUCAGGUCCAGAAAGCGAAAGAUGUUCAAAUUUUUUUGAUAAAGACAUCAACUGUCAAAGUCUAGUUUUAAACAAUGGAUGUGUAAAUCAGGAGACAAGAAGCACAGUGAAGGGGAGGUGUCCAAAAAGUUGCUGUUUGCGUGGUCAGCUAUAUUUUAAAAAAUGAUUGGUUUUUAUCUUUGUAAUGAUUAUUUAUAUUUUAUUUAUUUAUAUUUAUUUAUUUCAACGAAAUAUUGAUAUUAAUAUAUUUUUUCUUUAGUAACAUGUUACUUUGGGAAAAAUUUCGUCUACAUGUUAACUUUGGUAUUCUAGUGAGUUUUAUUAACCCGUCCCUAGACUUAUUUUACAACAGGGCGUAGUUUAAUUAAUUUUAUGUAUCUUCAUCAUUAAAAUAAUCAGCAGUUACUUGAGUUUGUUUGUUUUUCCUGAACUGAUACACCCUUAUUCUUUUACAUACAGUUUCAACCUCGUUCCCAGUCUGAUAUUCAACAGUAAAAACAGGACUUUAUUAAUUCACUUAAAAUAUUGAGGCCAAAUAACUUGGAAACAAGGUGGUGAUGUUAGUCAUUUUUCACCGUGUAGGUAACUAGGGCAAAUGUGGGUAACCGUUUGUCAAAAAUACAUGAUCCAAUACAAUUUCUUGAUCAGUGUGUCAAAUCUAUAAGGUUAAGGCAACAGGUAUACAAAUUUUUGAAAUACUUUUGUUGUAUUGUACUGUAUUAUUAUUAUAUACUGUAUUCGCUUAUAUUAAAAAUUGGUUUUUAAAAGACUCUGAGCAUUAAAAAAAUGAAGUAAACUGAAUUCUUCAAUUUAAUGUUAUCUCUUUUUUUUCCUCACAACCCUCCACCCACUCCUAAUUAUGUGCCUCUUGCUCCCAUUCUCUCCUCCUCACCUAAUUUUUUCCUCACUCAUUCUUCCUUAAUCCAGUCUCCAUCUCUCCCACGUCUCCCUCUCUUCAGCCCUUACCCUUCCCACUCCUCUCUUUAACUACUUUUUACGGUCAUAAUUUGUCGCAGACAUAAAUUAUUAUUAUUUUUGCUCAAAAUUGAAUUAAUUUUUGCAGCAAAAUUAUCUACUGAAGCGGAAUAUUAAUGUCCCAAAAUAUAAUAAAAAAUAAUAUUCCAUACAAACAAAUUGUACAUUAUUGUACAUUAUUGGAGUGUAGUGAGAUAAGAAACUUUCAUCUAUUAAAACGGUAAAAGUUCCGUACCAAAAAGUCAAGAGUAGUCGUAAAAUAUUAACUAAAAUAAUUUUUUUUGUGCUUUCUUCCUCAUUCACUCCUCCAUAACCCGCUUUUCUAAUUACCUACACUACGCCCUUCACCCCCUUGCUGUUCGAACUUCAAAAAUACAACAACUAAACUACCUUCCUGCCUUUGUUGAAAGUAAAGAAUCGAAAGAAAGAAUAAAAACAACGCAAGUGGUGGUUAAAUGUUAUCGUUUAUUAUGCAUAAUACCAAUAGUCCAAACCCUAACUCUUAUACGAAAUUGUGAAUAUGUGUUUUAUAUUUUUAAAUUGAUUAUAUCUCCAUAAUUUUUUAUUUUUUUGGAAUAUAUAUACUUUCCUUUUUUUUUUCUCCACAAAUACAGAUAAUAGAUUUAUUUCUUAAAUAUCUAUUUUCGAUUUUUUAACAUUUUUUAUUUCUGUGUUUUUAUUCAACGUGAAGCUCAUUUAAAGAAGAUUUGAAGGAGUUAUAAUAGAUUGUUAACGUCUCGCUAUUUUCAACUUUGAGCAGUAUUACACUUAUUAUAGUACACUGGCAUAUUUUACAUUUUCAUAGGCUUAAUUUUUUAGACAUUUUUAAUCUUUUUAAAAUCUUGGCUAGAUUUUAAAUUUCGACGGGGUCAAUGCAACUGUUCUACUUUCUCAAUAAAUUUUAGAUCUACUAUGUUAAAAACAUGACAAAAUAAAUGCUCUUUUAUAAGCGAAAUUUUGGGUGAGACUCAAUUUUGCUUAAGUUUCUGUACUUCACUGGAUGCUUGUGUACUAUCUACUCUACUCUAUCUACUCACUCUUAAUCUCAUAUCGUUAUAUGAAUACGUCACUGAUAGC